AGGCGGCGCUGCAGUCACUCACUCUCACCGCAGCAGCGUCUCCCGGUUCCUCUAAAUCUCUCCCAUCCGCUAUUUUGAUGCUGGAGAUUCUCUGAUCGUCUAAAACGUAUGACAGCUCUUUAUUAAACUAACAAAUGCGACAGAAGUGAGCGAACUUGUGUAUAUUAAGGAUCAAAGCGGUCGCGGAAGGCGCAAACAUGUCGGCGAGCGCUGUUUAUGUGCUGGAUCUGAAGGGGAAGGUGCUGAUAUGCCGUAAUUACCGCGGUGAUGUGGACAUGUCCGAGAUCGAGCAUUUCAUGUCGCUGCUGAUGGAUAAAGAGGAGGAGGGGAUGCUGUCGCCCAUCCUGGCUCACGGGGGAGUUCGCUUCAUGUGGAUCAAGCACAAUAACCUGUACCUUGUUGCAACCUCCAAGAAGAAUGCUUGUGUCUCCCUGGUUUUCUCCUUCCUCUACAAAAUUGUUCAGGUUUUCUCUGAAUACUUUAAGGAGCUGGAGGAGGAGAGCAUCAGAGAUAACUUUGUCAUAAUCUACGAGCUGCUGGAUGAACUCAUGGACUUUGGAUACCCGCAAACCACUGACAGCAAGAUCCUCCAGGAAUACAUCACGCAGGAAGGUCACAAGCUGGACACGGGCGCUCCUCGGCCCCCUGCUACGGUCACCAACGCCGUCUCCUGGAGGUCAGAGGGCAUCAAGUACAGGAAGAACGAGGUUUUCCUGGACGUCAUCGAGUCUGUCAACCUCCUGGUCAGCGCGAACGGAAACGUCCUCUGCAGCGAGAUCGUGGGCUCCAUUAAGAUGAGAGUGUUCCUCUCAGGGAUGCCCGAGCUGCGUUUGGGUCUGAACGACAAGGUUCUGUUCGAGAACACCGGCCGUGGGAAGAGUAAGUCCGUGGAGCUGGAGGAUGUGAAGUUUCAUCAGUGUGUGCGUCUGUCUCGAUUCGAGAACGAUCGCACGAUCUCCUUCAUCCCUCCGGACGGAGAGUUUGAGCUGAUGUCCUACCGCCUCAACACACACGUGAAGCCUCUGAUCUGGAUCGAGUCUGUGAUUGAGAAGCAUUCACACAGCAGAAUCGAGUACAUGAUCAAGGCCAAGUCUCAGUUUAAGCGACGCUCCACUGCCAACAACGUGGAGAUCCACAUCCCAGUCCCGACGGAUGCCGACACGCCCAAGUUUAAGACCACGGUGGGCAGCGUCAAGUGGGUGCCGGAGAACAGCGAGAUCGUUUGGUCCAUCAAAUCUUUCCCGGGAGGGAAGGAGUACCUGAUGAGGGCUCAUUUCGGGCUGCCCAGCGUUGAGGCGGAGGACAAGGAGGGAAAGCCACCAAUCAGUGUCAAGUUUGAGAUUCCUUAUUUCACCACCUCUGGAAUACAGGUGCGUUACCUGAAGAUCAUCGAGAAGAGCGGCUAUCAGGCCCUGCCCUGGGUGCGAUACAUCACCCAGAAUGGAGACUAUCAGCUGCGGACUCAGUGAACAUGAAGAAUUAGCCUGGAGGAUCAUGGGUCUGUCUCUAUUUCGGCUCCACACUCAUCUGCAGUAUUCACAACACACUAGUGCUUCCAAUCAUUUCAAACAAAUACACGGCAGAUCUUAAGACUAACAGAUUGGAAUCGAGUUUAGGUUUUAUUCAAAUCUUCCUGUUUUGAAUCUUACGAAACUCUCCAGGACAUUUGAAUCAUAUAAAUCUUUACUCGGAAGAAUCAUAUGAAUCUUUACUUGUUAUUAGAAUCAUAUGAAUCUUUACUCGGAAGAAUCAUAUGAAUCUUUACUUGUUAUUAGAAUCAUAUGAAUCUUUACUCGGAAGAACCAUAUGAAUCUUUACUUGUUAUUAGAAUCAUAUAAAUCUUUACUCGGAAGAAUCAUAUGAAUCUUUACUUGUUAUUAGAAUCAUAUAAAUCUUUAUUCGGAAGAAUCAUAAGAAUCUUUACUUGUUAUUAGAAUCAUAAAUCUUUACUCGGAAGAAUCAUAUGAAUCUUUACUCGGAAGAAUCAUAUGAAUCUUUACUCGGAAGAAUCAUAUGAAUCUUUACUCGGAAGAAUCAUAUGAAUCUUUACUUGUUAUUAGAAUCAUAAAUCUUUACUUGAAAGAAUCAUAUGUAUCUUUACUUGGAAGAAUCAUGUAUCUUUCCUCAGAAGAAUCAUAUGAAUCUUUCAUUUUGAAUAACUAAAAUUCUUAUCUUGUCAAAACGAAUCACAUUCCCUUUAAAUUCUCAUUGAUUCUGUUGAUUCUGUGUUGAAAUAUGAGCCUGACGUCCUUGAGAGGAUUUGAAAGAUUCAUACUUGCUGAUUCACUGAACUGAAUCAUUUCUUGGCCGUUCCACAAGCUUUAAUUCUCAAACUGCAGAUGUGUGUGUGUACGGUGUGUGUGUGUUUGACAGUAAACCGGAAUCAAGUUCCUUUUCACUUGAUGAAAACGCAGCGCAGUCCUCGUCCAAGGGUACCACGUCACAUCUCAACGGAGGAAGUGUUCAUACGCGUCACAUUUCAGAUGUUUUCAUACUGUAAACACGUCAUGUUUGUGGUUAUUUAUCAGAUGAAUUCAACAAUGUCGUGAGGUCACAGCGAAAGUAUGUUGCAAAUUACAGUGUUUGUUACAUUUCAAUCAAAACUCAAAAGAUCUUAUGAUAUUUUGAAGCGUUUGUAUUUCUAGGUCAUCAUUUUUUUCAGGGACGUCCUCAGAUAUUGUUUAUUAAUAUUCAGUAUUUUUAGUUUUUUAUGUCAUUCCUGCACACUGACUCAUUCGUUUGUAUUUUAUUUUAGAGUUUAUUUAUAGUCUGUCCAGUGAUUGAGUAUUUUGGGCUGCUCUGGGAUCUGUUCACAGUACCUCAUGAGUUUACACCACUGACUCGAUUGAAACCGUUCAACACACAACUGAAAACUAAAGUCAACCGUGGUGCCAAUUAAAAAAAAAAAAAAAGAGGAGAUUAAAUCAUAAUUGUUAGUUUUUUGUAUUAGUUUGUCGAUUGGUCUCAUUUCAAUUGCCUUCAAAAGGACAGAAUGUGAAGGUUACCAUGUUUACUAUGGUACAGCAUGCAGUGGAGCUGAAAUGUGACGUAAUUGCAUUCCUCUUGAAAUGUUCCUGUAUCUCACUUAAUUCAUCUCUUUGUGCACGUCAGACAUCAAUAAAGUACCCGUUUAGAAAAUA